GUCAUUAAAUGCCUUUCCUUCACACAGAUGAUUAACCAAAACAAAUAGCCAUGGAGGAAUUAAAUGAUAAAUUUUACUUUGUCUAUAGUUCUUCAAUUUCGGACAAAAUCCAAAUUAAAAUUGGUACUUUGGAAGGAAAAAGACACAAACCUGAAUAUACUAAAAUUUUGGAGGAUCCUAUGUUAAAGUACUCUGGCUUGUAUCAAGAUGGUUGUGCCGAUUUAGUAGUAUCAUGUCAAAUCUUUGAUAACAACCAACCCCUGGCCCUACCUGUUACUACUUCUUACAAAGCUUUCACACAAAGAUGGAAUUGGAAUGAAUGGUUAACUUUACCAGUUCAGUAUAAUGAUUUGCCAAGAAAUGCUCAGCUGGCUCUAACUGUUUAUGACUGUUUUGGGCCCAAUAGACUUUGUCCUGUUGGAGGAACUACAAUCUCUCUUUUUAGUAAACAUAGCGUGUUUAGACAGGGUAUGUUGGAUUUAAGAGUGUGGCCAAACAGGGAAGCUGAUGGAAAUUUUCCUACAUCUACCCCUGGAAAAACCAAAAAUGGUAAAGAACAGAUGCAGAGAUUGGCUAAGCUAGCCAAGAAACAUAGAAAUGGUUACAUAACUAAGGUCGACUGGUUAGACAGACUCACUUUCCGAGAAUUAGAAGUAGUAAAUGAAAAAGAGAAGAGGUCCUCUGAAUACUUGUACUUAAUGAUAGAAUUCCCUACCAUUAACGUUGAUGGUAUGCCACAUCAUAUUGUUUACUUCGAGCAAAAUGGAGAUGAAAUCCUCUCAGUGAGAUUACAAGCUGAUUUAGUUACAGUACCAGAUCAAGAAAUACUAAAGGAAAAUCUUGUCGAGAGCAAACAUCACAAACUCGCCAGAUCUCUGCGAAGCGGCCAUUGCGAUAAAGAUGCCAAACCAAACGCAACAAUGCGCGACAUCCUCAACACCAUCGUCUCCUAUCCCCCUACCAAAAACCUUUCCAACGAAGAACAAGAUCACGUCUGGAAGUACCGCUUUUACCUCAGCACCCAGAAGAAAGCCUUGGCGAAGUUUUUGAAGUGCGUCAAUUGGAAUCAGCACAACGAAGUACGGCAAGCUCUGCAUAUGAUGGAGAUGUGGGCUCCGAUGGACGUGGAAGAUGCGUUGGAACUACUGAGUCCGAAUUUCGCGCAUCCCGCUGUGCGCAGAUAUGCUAUUUCGAGGUUACAGCAGGCGCCUGACGACGAGAUUAUGCUGUAUCUCUUACAGUUAGUACAGGCUUUGAAAUACGAAAACUUUAAGACCAUUCAGGAUGGUUAUACAAGGAUCUCACCAGGUCGCGACGCUUACUUUCUUACAGAAGAUAAAGAAGCGCAACUAGAGAAGAAAGAUAGUAAAGAGAGUAACAGUACCAUUACUAACGAACCUUUGUUGCACAGAUCUUCAAGCUACAAUCAAGAUACUAUUUUAGCUGAUCAAAUCGCCGCUUCUAACGUCAACAGCGUCAUCGAAAAUCCAGAACAAAAACCCAGCGGUCUUCCAGAAAACCUUCUUCAAAAUCCCAUAACCGACAGCGGAAAUACAGACACUUUAAGGAGCCAUAUGAACGACGAAGAAGAGGUCCAAGAUUUGGCCUCAUUCCUAAUUCAUAGGGCGUGCAAGAAUUUCAGCCUAGCUAAUUAUUUUUAUUGGUACUUAUUGCUGGAAUGUGAAGAUCAGGACACUAAUCUACGGCAAGAUGUUGCUGAUGAAGCAAUUAGAAACAUGUACCUUACUGUGAUGAAAACCUUUUCGCAAACCCUCGCCCGUGGCUCAGAUUCGAUGCAAAAGAAACGCCACAUUCUCACCAAACAACAGAAGUUCAUCGACAAACUUGUUAAAUUAAUGAAAACAGUUUCGAGAGAGAGUGGGAACCGCAAGAAGAAAGCCGAAAAGCUGCAGCAACUUCUGGCCGAUUCUGACAGUUUCAAAUUCAAUUUUUCGAAAUUCGAAGCCAUACCUUUCCCCUUGGAUCCGGAUGUCAUGAUCAACGGUAUCAUUCCAGAGCAAGCGAGUUUGUUUAAGUCGGCGUUGAUGCCUUCCAAGUUGUAUUUUAAGACGGUUGAAAACGAGGAAUAUGUAGCGAUAUUUAAAUUGGGAGAUGACCUAAGACAGGAUCAGUUGAUAUUACAGAUGAUCACUCUAAUGGAUAAGCUGUUGAGCAAAGAAAAUUUGGAUUUAAAACUGACGCCUUACAGGGUACUCGCUACGAGUACGAAGCAUGGGUUUGUACAGUUCAUAGAUUCUGUCACAGUUGCAGAGGCUUUGGCCACAGAAGGUAGCAUACACAACUACUUAGAAAAUAUCAUCCCCAAGAAAACAGCCCCUACGGUAUUGCCCCCGAUAUAAUGGACACGUACGUUCGCUCUUGCGCCGGUUACUGUGUCAUAACUUAUCUCUUAGGUGUGGGAGAUAGACAUUUAGACAACUUACUGCUAACUAGAGAUGGCAAGCUAUUCCAUAUCGAUUUCGGAUAUAUUUUAGGCAGAGAUCCGAAACCUUUACCCCCGCCUAUGAAGUUAAGUAAGGAAAUGGUUGAAGCCAUGGGCGGAGUUCAUUCUGAACAUUUCCAACAGUUUAGGAAGUUGUGUUAUACUGCGUUUCUUCAUUUAAGAAGGCACGCAAACUUGAUGCUCAAUUUAUUCUCCCUAAUGGUGGACGCAAGUGUACCGGAUAUAGCUCUAGAGCCCGACAAGGCUGUUCGUAAAGUUCAAGACAAAUUGAGGCUAGAUCUGGGAGAUGAAGAGGCUGUGCAUUAUAUCCAAAACCUGAUCGAGACUUCAGUUACUGCUAUAAUGGCGGCUUUCGUUGAACAACUACAUAAAAUUACUCAGUAUAUUAGAAAUUAAUACAAUCGCUGUGAGGAUAAUAGGAAAUAUACGUAUGUUAAAAAUAUAUAAAACUAACCGAUGGAAGAUAUCUCAUGGAUGUCGACCGAAUCCAAAAGUCAUUAGGAAUCGACAUUUUUAUUCUACCAAACAUAAACCAUCACUAAGGAUACGGGCAUUGGGCUCCAUGGAUGUCAUAUUAGAAAACGGCUGCGAGUAUAUACCUCAUUUUAAAUAUGGAAAUGCCCUUUUGUUCUUUUUUAGGGUAACGAAGCUGUUGAACAAGGAAAGGCGGGACAGUAACUUAAGUUUUUCCACUGAAUAAAAUUUAUAUAAUUUGCAACUUGGGUUACCUGAUUUUUAUAUGCUCUAUUAUUGUUAUAUAGCAUGAAUAUUAUUUUAAUUGUGGUUUAUAUAAAACGACUGAAUUAUGAACUAGAUGUAAUAAAUUAUUUUUGUUUAAGAUCCUAAUAAAAAUAAAAUUAUUAGUCAAUAGAU